UUUUACCAACUUGACACACGCAAGUGGAGACAGUUUUUGUUUAUAUGAGACAAAUAUGGAGAUGAAUGUAAGAUUUAAACUCGUCAUCACGUUUAUUGUCUUAAAUAGUGCUUACGUUUGGUCUUUAAAGGAAAAUAAUGACAUAUCUAAAAGACUGUCAGUUCUUGAAGACAUGCUGACUGAAAUGGAAAGCAUCGUUCGAGAAACAGAUGUUAAAGUAAACAAAGCUCGAGAUAAAGUGCAAGAUACAGAGGAAUCAAUAAAAAGAGAUUUUUCUCGAUUAGAAUAUUCUACUGAAAGGAAACAGAGAAGACAUUAUAGACGAAUUGAGAAAGAAGUCAAAAAGGAACUUAAGCACGAUAGCCAUAUACUCAAUGAAAUGAUUGAAAGUAUUGAACAGAUUCAAUACAGAAAUGUGGAUAAUCAGACUAGAGAUUUGACUGACACUGAUAAUGGUCUGGAAACAAUGCACCACCAUGUGGAGAUGAACGUACAUCAAGGAAUUGCUCAUACAGAAGAAUCUCGGAUUAUGUUCAAGGCUGUUCAAAUAAAUAAACGUCGAUACUCUGACGGGGAAACUAUAAUAUUUUCUGAUGUGAUAACCAACACUGGAGACGGAUAUGACCACAAAUACGGCUUAUUUGUAACGCCUUUAACAGGGACGUAUUACUUCACGGUUCAACUGUAUAUUCUUGCUAACAGAGCUGCUUUAGAUAUAGGAAUUUAUGUUAAUGACGAAUGCAUUGCUUGGGCCAGGUUAUCACACAGAGAAGAUUCAUGCGGGAACUUAGCAGUUGUUGCCAAUCUGAAUCUGGGUGACGUCGUUAACGUGAAACAAUCUUCGAAGUCAUAUUCAGAUACCUAUAAGGUCGACUCAAACAAAUUUUUUAACGUAUUUUCUGGUGUAUUCAUUCGAUAACUUUUCAAUAUAUAUUACUUACAAAACAUUUGUUAUCGAGAGUCGUUUUUCCUCGUGGUCAAUACACAUAUUAUUUUCAUGAAUUAUAGACUACAACUAAACACGAAUGUGCUGGUACUUGAGAGAGUUGAUUUGUAGACUUGUAUCAUAUGUGUAUGAAGUUCGCAAAUUUUUGUGAGCUUACUUGUUUUACUUAAAGCAGAGUUCAUUAUGUUGAAAUUUCCAUUCAUUUAUGGCAUAGAAGAUACUAAAAAUUAUGCAAUAAAAGUGCAUACAGCUGAGAAUAGAAAAUGAGUUUGAAAAUAAAACUGCUUGUAAUAAAACGUUUUUGAUUUUCACCACAAAGAAUGUAUGAAUAUGCACAUAUCUUACGCUAUGCUGACAGAUGCUUAAUAUAAGACCAGUUGUUACUAGACCUUAUGUAAGUCUAAGCCAAACCAACGACAGUGCUAGGAGCAAGCAAAGCGUGAGGAAUGUCUAAGUGUUAAAACAUCAGACAUUUACUAUACGACAGUAAGACAGCAAGGAACUGUCAAAUUUCGAUAAAAACUUGCACUCGUAUGAAACCCGAUGUUGUAAACAUUUGUUUGUUCUUAUAUUUUGGUGUUUAAAGGGAACAAAUGAAUAACACAAUCUACAUGAAAUUCAUUUAAGAUAGUAAAUAGCCUUCGGAGUGCAAAAACACUGUUGGUGUAGUUUUACAACGAAGGAGGGAGUUAUUGUAACAACUUGCCAUGUUUGAACUUUUUCUGAUAUCUUUUAGGAAAGUAUUCUGGUCAGCAAAACUGCCAGUAGUUGAAACUAUUCCCUUUUAUAGCAAAAUAUUGAAAAGUAAAAGUUGAUGAUCACGGAAUUGUACAAGAACAUAGCUGAACCAAUGAAUAUCAAAAAUAUUUUUGAUUUCAAUUCAAAGAAGAUGCCUAGAUAAGAAUAUAAAUGACAAAAUACAAAAUAUUUCAAGACCCAGUUUUUUCAAGAAUUCAAUACAUUUCGAAUAAAAUCUGAUUGUUUUACAGCACAGAUUUGUCUAAUUGUCAGAAUUCAUCCACUAACAUAAUUACAUAGAUUGGUAUUUUACAUUAUUCGAAGCUCUACUGCAUUAAUACAGAUUAACAUUUUGUGUUAUUUUUCACUAUUCAUUUACAAAAAUUCUUGUAAUAUUUUUUUCCAUAUGUUUCUGCAUUUAAUUAAACAGAAUAUAGUUUUUAUUGAGAACAUUAUCAUUAUUAACAAUACUCGGAUAUGCAUGUAUAUUUACUUCAAUAAAUCAAAACUGAG